AGUUUCGCAAGCCAAUUCCUCGCCGCCGCUCCCUUCAUCCUACUCACAAUGGCCCCGAAAUUGGACCCCAACGAAAUCAAAAUCAUCUACCUGCGGGCGACAGGAGGUGAAGUCGGUGCAUCCUCCGCACUUGCCCCCAAGAUCGGUCCUCUUGGUCUCUCCCCCAAGAAGGUCGGAGAAGAUAUCGCCAAGGCCACUGGUGCAUGGAAGGGCCUGAGGGUCACCGUGCAGCUCACGAUCCAGAACCGUCAGGCUAAGGUUGACGUUGUACCCUCUGCCUCCUCUCUGGUCAUCAAGGCUCUCAAGGAGCCCCCACGCGAUCGCAAGAAGGAGAAGAACAUCAAGCACUCCGGCAACAUCACAUUCGACGAGAUCGUCGAGAUUGCACGCACAAUGCGGUCAAAAUCGCUGGCGAAGACGCUGGCGAAUGGCGCGAAGGAGAUUCUGGGCACGGCACAGUCCGUCGGCUGCACCAUUGAUGGCCGACCGCCACACGACGUCAUUGAAGCCAUCGACGCCGGGGAGAUCGAGGUGCCAGAGGAGUAGACUGUGUCGUGGCAUGUAUUCUCAUAUUGUUAUGCCGCUUCUCUUGUCAUCAUCUUCAGCGUGAUUUCUGCAUAUCCCACGAGUCCCGGUCGACAUGUAUUGCUAUCCGAGCCAUCAUUUUGCAAGGUCCUAUCGUGCAUGCUGUUCAUGU